AUUGGAGGGAGGGAGAUAGAGAGUAGGAGGAGAGAAAAAAUGGGUAGAGAGAGAAAGAGAGAGGAGGAGCGCCGUGAGAUGGAGUGAGAAAGCAUGAAGGAAGGAUGAUGGAGAGAGGGGUUUUUGCCAAAAGCAGCCAUUGACAGAAGAGGAAAGGGAGGCAGAGGAGGAUGAGAAGAGGAAAGAGGGCGAGGGGAGUGUGUGUGUGUGCGUACUAGGCGUCUAACACGUGACCAAAAAAUAGAUACAGACUUCAGCACACAGACGCGCUUGUUUCCACGACGACAACAGCAAACAUGGGGGCUGUGGUGGGUUCGCUGACCAUGCAGACCAAGACGAGGAGGUUGUCCAGGGACAAAGCUGAUGAUGACUUGGAGAUUACCAUGGUGUGCCAUCGACCGGAGGGCCUCGACCAGCUAGAAGCUCUAACCAACUUCAGCAAAAAAGAGCUCCAAGUGCUCUACCGGGGCUUUAAGAAUGAGUGUCCAAGUGGCGUUGUGAAUGAGGAAACUUUCAAGCAAAUAUACGCCCAGUUCUUCCCUCAUGGAGAUGCCAGCACCUAUGCACACUACCUGUUCAACGCGUUUGACACAGCACAUAGUGGUUCCAUAAAGUUUGAGGAUUUUGUUACAGCUCUGUCCAUCCUGCUGAGGGGUUCCAUCACUGAGAAGCUACAGUGGACUUUCAACCUUUACGACAUCAACAGAGAUGGAUACAUCAACAAAGAGGAGAUGACAGACAUCGUCAGAGCGAUAUACGACAUGAUGGGGAAGUACACUUACCCUGUCUUGAAAAAUGAUGCUCCCAAACAGCAUGUGGAGGCCUUCUUUCAGAAAAUGGACAAAAACCGAGAUGGUGUGGUCACUCUGGAUGAAUUCAUCUUCUCUUGUCAAGAGGAUGAAAACAUCAUGAGGUCUCUACAGCUUUUUGAAAAUGUCAUUUAGACAACCAAGAAGAGGGAGACGGUACAAAAGACAAGUGCAAGAGAAAAGAACAAAGAAGAAAAGAGACGAACACACAAGAGAAAAGGAACAGCAUAGCUUGGUUUGAAACAAAUCAUGGAUCUUGUCGUUUCAAGUUUUUCCAAAAAACUUCAGGCAUCUUGCUGAAACAUCCAUGGAGACAAAUGUUUUGGAAAACCUUCUUUGGACUUAUACCUUUCAUUUAACCUCUGUAACCAUUUACCUCUUCUCCAUCUCCCUCACAUUUGCUGCCGUUACUGUUGCCUCAGAAAGUGUGUAUUUCAUGUGAUUUUGUAAAUUCUGAUUCUGUCUCAUUUGGUCAAGUACUUUUAUUACACUUGUAAAUUGAACCAUAUUAACAAGCAGGACUGGAAUUCAUAAAAGCAGCUGAGAACAAUCCAAUGCAUACUUUGUGCAUUAGACUUUAAAAUAAUAGCUGUUAUCAUCAUGAAUUUCUGUGUCAUCACAAUCAAAUCUGAGCAUUAUUGUAAAGCAUGCAAGAGAGGCCUACGCUGUAUUCAACAUGGGCUUUGUGCCGUGAUAAAUAACUCAACAAUAUUCUCAACUAAGUGUAUACAUUUUGGAAGCAAAGGUCUGAGUGUAGCAUCUCACAGAGCCACCUCAUCGGUUUUCAGACAGAUUCAGACACAGGCCUGUAAAGGUUUGCAGAGCUGAAUUUAUCCUCAACCAGCGUGCAGUCUUACGUCUCGUGACAGCUUGCUACAGUCCUCUUUACACGUACUGUGUGUCGGUGUGUCGGUCAGUGUUUCAAUGUUAGAACGACUACACUGUAGAUAUUUAACUGUUGUAUAUGUGGCUUCUUCUCGCCUUGUCUUUGUCUGCGUGUUUCUUAUUCUGACUAUCUGUCUGUCUCUCUGUCAAACAGAUUUAACUGUAAUUAUACUACCUGACACUCAUUGUUUAAUAAAGCGUACACUUAAAGGCUAUGGCACACAGAUGCAGAGUGACACAGGGAUGUGUGUGUGUGUGUGUGUGUGUGUGUGUGUGUGUGUGUGUGUGUGUGUGUGUGUGUGUGUGUGUGUGUGUGUGUGUGUGUGUGUGUGUGUGUGUGUGUGUGUGUGUGGUUUCUGUUUGCCUGAAUAUAAGUGUGAUUUUUGUAGCAUGUAGUGUCAUCUUUCGGAAGAAUUGGUCAAGCUCAACUGGCUGUGUUUCUGCCAGAGAGGAGAGUUUUGUCGUCAGUUCUGUUUGUUAAAGAACCAGAGCCACCAACCUUUCACUGUGAAGGAGAGACAAGGGAGGGGAGCUAGAAGAAGGAAGGAGGAGUGUGGACACGGAAUAAAAGAAGAGUAGAGAAUAAGACAGAAGACGAGAGAGACCUUGUCACUGAAGGAAUGGAAGCCAUGUUUCAAACAAGAGCCAUUGUUUUUUUAAAGAUUGAGCAAGACAAAAAUAAGGAAUAAUGCAUUAUUUAGUGUCAUGCCCACUCACUGUGCUAUCAAUUGUUUGAUUUAAAAAGAUUCCUUGCUGAGAUGUGUUGCGGCUCAUCUCAAUUAUACCCAGAAUAACUUUAGUAGGAUACUGACAGACAGGAAGACAAACAGACAGACAGAAUUAAACUGUCAGAAUGAAAUAAUGUGUGUAUUGAAAUAUUGUAUAAAAUCAUUAUAUUU